AUGCGCUUUUCAAUUCUCGCUGCAGCCGGACUUUCCAUGUUCCUUGGAAAGUCGAUGGCUUUCAAUCUCACCUUAGAAUUCAUGCAUGAGCUCAUGGACCCAGCUGCUACUGGAAACACGACUCUUUUCGGACAGACACUUGACCCAGCUGUUAGAUGGUGGAUUGCAAAUGACGUCAAAAGCGAUGUCACUUUGACUGGAAUUCGAGUAAGCCCUAGCUUCUUUUUGGAUCCUGCAAGCCGAAUACUGAACUUGUGCAUAGAAUGCUUCCGAAUGGAAUACUGAAGUCAACACCCCUCUAAUCGAACAAUUGACAUCUCCACCAAAUACCACAGUGGAAUACAUGUAUGUGAUUCCCGAGAGGAACAUCGCAAUCAUGGAAGCGACCGGCCACGCGAUCAGAAAGUUCAACGGGCAGCCUUACAGCAAUAGGUAUGCAAAUUCUUGGUUAUGCAAGUAGCAGAAUUAUUUGCUAAUUUUCCUAGAUUCUGUUGGCACUUUUUCUUCUCUUUUGAGAGUGGAAAGAUCGUUGAGAUCCACGAGUACCUUGAUACCAAUAUGGUCAGGGAGUUGAUGACUGAAGCGAAUGCUGUGAAGCAUUAUUGA